GUUUCUACAGAUACUCGACUUGUAGUCUUGCGGGGGUGCGCUGACGGGUAUAUAACAAGCUAACAUUCAGCCAACUUCACUAGUCUGUCAAUAGUGAUUCUAAUAAACAGUAUCAGGAUGCUUUCCGACGAGAAUUACGUAUUGGAGGAAUCGCGCAAAAAAGUAUUCAGUAAAUCGGAGGACCUGAAGCCAAUUAAGUCGGGCCAGAUUCGACAGAAUAUAAUAUGGAAAAACGUUUUGCAGCUGUUGUUAUUUCACGUAGGAUUUGUGUUCGCUUGCAGCGUAUACGCUUUUGGACUAUCUGCUGUGCGGAUCAAAUGGUUGACGGUUUUAUGGGUCCCGAUGUACUAUUUCAUAGCAGGACUGGGAGGAGCCGCGGGAGCUCAUCGUCUCUGGAGCCACCGAGCCUACAAGGCAAACCUCGGCUUACGAAUCGCGUUGAUGCUAAUGUACGCCGCCGCUGGGCUGUACUGCAUAUUUUACUGGGUCAAAGAUCACAGAAUCCACCACAAGUAUUCCGAAACCGAUGCCGACCCCCACAACGCAAAGCGAGGCUUCUUCUUCUCCCACAUUGGAUGGCUUAUGGUUGAAAGACAUCCCGAAUACCUUCGUCAACAAAAGGAACUCGACUUGAGCGAUAUCAUCGCUGACCCAGUGGUCAUGUUCAAUAAGAAAUAUGAAAAAGAAUUGUACGUCAUGUUUUGCUUCGUAAUUCCGAUGGCAGUACCAGUUAUAUUUUGGGGCGAAACCUUGCUGCAUGCGAUUUUGACUCAAUGCUUCAUACGCUACGUGCUGGUCCUUAAUUUUAUAUGGAGCGUCAACAGUGUUGCACAUUUGUGGGGCGAUCGCCUGUACAACAGGGCGAUCAAUCCUACAGAAAACACCAUGGUUUCUUUGGUAACAGGCGGUGAAGGCUCUCACAAUUAUCACCACACGUUCCCCUGGGACUACAAGGCUUCUGAAUGGCCAUACCUGAGAUUCAAUUGGACAACAUUAUUCAUUCGUGGAUUUUCAAAAAUCGGAUGGGCGUAUGAUUUGCGAGAACCUUCACCCGCCUUUGUGCAAAAAGUCACCCAAGCAAUUGGUCGUAACUCCAAGCUAUGAGAAGGUGAUUUCUACGAGGAAUUAAUGAUGUGUCGGCUUGGCGUCUUCCCGUAGAGUGUGCAUAUCUUCAGCCGUUUCUCCCGACUGACAUCUGAAUAUAGGUGCCAUACCUGAUUCAGUAACACGGUUAUAACUUAUCCGUUACCUCGAAUACAAUACAACCAUCGAAAACGUUGUGGUAUUUCAAUAAAGCCGAGCCUG